GUUAGAAAUGGAUCAGAAGAAGAUCUCAAAUUUUAUUAUUAAACAGAAGACUUUGGGAAGAUCAAAUGGCAGUCAAAACACCAAGACCAGAAAUCCCACUAGAUCACUCAACUACUCCCCAACCUGACCUUCCCCUUCAACCUCCUCCAAACUCCAGUCAAAACAGCUUUCUCCCUUCCAAAGCCAACAUGGCCACUUGACUAAUCCUCAAAUUCCCUUUAAACCAGCCAGCAGCCUCCAAUUUCCUCUCAAAACCCUAAAAUACCAGUACGACUUCAAGUCAAACCCUCAGCGCAAAGAAGGUCUCUGCCAAAGACUCAAGAAGAAAGAGAGGAAUAAACCAUUUGAGGUGACAAACCUCAGGAUUUGAGAAAGCUUGUAUAAAUAGAGAAAUAAAUCACAGAAACAAAGUCAUAGGCAGCCAGUCCAAGUUUUGAUUUAAGAAAAAUGCAGGGAAUAUUGUAGAUGGCUUCAGUCGGAAUUUGAAUAUGAAGCAGAGGAUUAGGAAAGCUAAGACAAGUGGGUCGAAGAGGAUUUUCAAGAAGAAAAGCAAAUUAGAGCAAAAUCAAUCUUGCACUUCGACUAGACCUGACUCACGUUUUAAUGACAGAAUGACAAUGCUUAUGGAUAGUCCAGGACCUUUAAAUCUCAAAAUCAACGUUGAGAUUAAAGAGCCAGUAAAGCCAGCUCAAAAAACAACUCCUCUAAAAUAAAAAGGUUAUCUCCUAUAAGCUGAGUGCUUGUGUUGGUGACACUGUGUACGGUAUUCAAAGCCGCCUUAACACUCCUGCUUCAACUAAGAAGCUAGUUGUCCCAAGUUCUAGGCCGAGUCUAGUGACUCUUCAUGGCACAUAUCUACAAAGUAUCAGGAGGAGUAAGAUAUCUUCAAAAUGUCAGAUUCUCAGCUCACUGGAUAGUAAAGAGCUAACGCUAUUCCUCGCAGCGAGCAGAACAUCAAGUUUUAAGGAGUCCUUUCUUCAAGAAUCCAACUGUUGCCCAUCUCAGAGAUAAAUUUAUCAUUCUUUCACCCCUAAUUCCAACUGGAGAGACCAGAUUAGUAUCUUCUUG